UUUAUCUCUCUUCCAACUAGGAUUCUAGAUUUCAUAACUCCUACUGAAACGAGUUAUGAGACGGAAGCUGUCCUCCCAGGGGUGCAGAAGAGGAAUCCGAGGCAGCGGUGGGCCGUGAAGCAGCACCGUCAGGAGUGUGGAAUGGAAAUCAGGCAGCCCUGGCGGCAGAGUGGAAAUUUCACAGCCUGAAACCAGGCGCUGCUAAGGAAUGAUGAGCAGUUCCCUCUGCCUGCGGCUCUAUCUGCCUCUGAGGCCAGUGUUUUCCGUCCGGGACUCCCGAGCUCCCGAGCGCCCUGUGCGACCAAAGGGCUGGAUGUCUACGCCCACCUCCUGCCUGGGUGGCCACUCCGCGUUAUCGUUACCGCCGGCUGCAGGUGGGCGGAGCUCCUCAGACGCAGUUCACUUCCGGCGGACGCUGGCGCCAGACGGCGGCAGCCCCGCGGCGCACGCAGCAAACGUGAGGAACCCCACGGGGCUGAGGACGUCGUGCGUGCCUCCCCGGUGGGCGCGGGCGAACGGGCGCAGGCGCGUGCUCUGGGCCUCGGGUUCCGCGGCCGCCGUCCUGUCCCUCCGGUUGAGGUUCCCCGUCAGUGUGCGGUCAGUGUGCUCUACGGUCAUCUGCCGGCCCCGGGUCCUCGUCCUCGCAGCUCGCAAGGGAAUGCCAAAAAAGGACAGCGACGCAGACAUAGAUGAGGGUCUCUACUCCCGUCAGCUGUACGUACUGGGCCACGAGGCAAUGAAGCAUCUCCAGACAUCCAGUGUGCUGGUGUCGGGCCUCCGGGGCCUAGGUGUGGAGAUCGCGAAGAAUAUCAUCCUUGCUGGGGUCAAAGCUGUCACCCUCCAUGACCAGGGCACUGCCCAGUGGGCUGACCUCUCCUCCCAGUUCUACCUGCGGGAGGAGGACGUCGGUAAAAACCGGGCUGAAGUAUCACAGCCCCGCCUUGCUGAGCUCAACAGCUAUGUGCCCGUCAGCACCUAUACUGGAGCCCUCGUUGAGGACUUCCUUAGUGGUUUCCAGGUGGUAGUCCUUAGCAACACUCCCUUGGAGGAGCAACUGCAGGUGGGUGCGUUCUGUCACAGCCAUGGAAUCAAGCUGGUGGUGGCAGAUACACGGGGACUGUUUGGGCAGUUGUUCUGUGACUUCGGCGAGGAAAUGAUCCUCACGGAUUCCAACGGGGAGCAGCCUCUCAGUGCUAUGGUUUCUAUGGUUACCAAGGACAGCCCUGGUGUCGUCACCUGCCUGGAUGAGGCCCGGCACGGGUUUGAGAGUGGUGACUUCGUCUCCUUCACAGAAGUCCAAGGCAUGAACGAACUCAAUGGCACCUGCCCCAUGCAGAUCAAAGUUCUAGGUCCCUACACCUUCAGUAUCUGUGAUACUUCCAGCUUCUCUGACUACACCUAUGGAGGCAUCGUCAGUCAGGUCAAAGUACCUAAGAAGAUCAGCUUUAAAUCCUUGCCAGCCUCACUGGCAGAACCAGAUUUUGUGGUAACAGACUUUGCCAAGACCUCUCGCCCUGCCCAGCUGCACAUUGGCUUCCAGGCCCUGCACCAGUUCUGUGCUCAGCACGGCCGUUCCCCGCGGCCCCGCAAUGAGGAGGAUGCAGCAGAACUGGUGACCCUAGCACAGACCGUGAAUGCCCAAGCCCUGCUGGCGGUGCAGCAGGACAACUUGGAUGAAGAGCUCAUUCGGGAACUGGCGUAUGUGGCUGCUGGGGAUCUGGCCCCUGUAAACGCCUUCAUUGGAGGCCUGGCUGCCCAGGAGGUCAUGAAGGCCUGCUCUGGGAAGUUUAUGCCUGUUAUGCAGUGGCUGUACUUUGAUGCCCUUGAGUGUCUCCCCGAGGACAAAGAGGCCCUCACAGAAGACAAGUGUCUCCCGUGCCAGAACCGUUACGAUGGGCAGGUGGCUGUAUUUGGCUCAGACCUGCAAGAGAAGUUGGGCAGGCAGAAUUACCUGUUGGUAGGUGCAGGGGCCAUUGGGUGUGAGCUGCUCAAGAACUUUGCCAUGAUUGGUCUAGGCUGUGGGGAGAGGGGAGCAGUCACCGUUACAGACAUGGACGCCAUUGAGAAGUCCAACCUGAACCGACAGUUUUUGUUCCGGCCCUGGGAUGUCACGAAAUUGAAGUCUGACACAGCUGCUGCAGCCGUGCGCCAGUUAAAUCCACACAUCCGCGUGAUGAGCCGUCAGGACCGUGUGGGCCCUGACACAGAGCACAUCUAUGACGACGACUUCUUCCAAAACCUGGAUGGUGUAGCCAAUGCCCUGGACAGUGUGGAUGCCCGCAUGUACGUGGACCGCCGCUGUGUGUUCUACCGUAAGCCACUGCUGGAGUCAGGCACACUGGGCACAAAGGGCAAUGUCCAGGUGGUUAUUCCGUUCUUAACAGAGUCAUAUAGCUCCAGCCAGGACCCUCCUGAGAAGACCAUUCCCAUCUGCACACUGAAGAACUUCCCCAAUGCCGUUGAGCACACCCUACAGUGGGCUCGGGAUGAGUUUGAAGGCCUCUUUAAGCAGCCAGCAGAAAAUGUCAACCAGUACCUCAUUCCUGCCCCCGUGACCCCUCUGAUCCCUGAUAGAGACUCCAAGUUUAUGGAGCGGACACUGCGGCUGGCAGGCACCCAACCCCUGGAGGUGCUGGAGGCCGUGCAGCGCAGCCUGGUGCUGCAGCGACCACACACCUGGGCCGACUGCGUGACCUGGGCUUGCCACCACUGGCACACCCAGUACUCCAGCAACAUCCAGCAGCUGCUGCACAACUUUCCUCCUGACCAGCUAACAAGCUCAGGAGCCCCGUUCUGGUCUGGGCCCAAACGCUGUCCACACCCGCUCACCUUUGAUAUCAACAAUUCCCUGCAUCUGGACUACGUGAUGGCUGCCGCCAACCUGUUUGCCCAGACCUACGGGCUUCUGGGCUCCCGGGACAGGGCUGAUGUGGCCAUACUCCUACAGUCCGUGAAGGUCCCCGAGUUCACCCCCAAGGCCGGCAUCAAGAUCCAUGUCUCUGACCAGGAGCUACAGAACGCUGAUGCCUCUUUCGAUGAUACCCGCCUACAGGAGCUCAAGGCCAUGUUGCCCAGCCCAGAGACACUCCCUGGAUUCAAGAUGUACCCCAUCAAUUUUGAGAAGGACGAUGACAGCAACUUCCACAUGGAUUUCAUUGUGGCUGCAUCCAACCUCCGGGCAGAGAACUAUAACAUUCCUCCUGCAGACCGGCAUAAGAGCAAGCUGGUUGCAGGUAACAUCAUCCCAGCCAUUGCCACAACCACAGCAGCCAUAGUUGGCCUUGUGUGUCUGGAGCUCUACAAGGUGGUACAGGGACACCAACAGCUUCAGUCCUAUAAGAACAGCUUCAUCAACCUGGCCCUGCCCUUCUUCAGCUUCUCUGAGCCCCUUGCUGCACCUCGUCACCAGUACAAUAACCAAGAGUGGACAUUGUGGGAUCGCUUUGAGGUACAGGGAAUGCAGCCUAACGGUGAAGAGAUGACCCUCAGACAGUUCCUCAGCUACUUUAAGAGAGAACACAAAUUGGAGAUCACCAUGCUGUCCCAAGGAGUGUCCAUGCUCUACUCCUUUUUCAUGCCAGCCACCAAACUCAAGCAACGGUUGGAUCAGCCGUGGAAGCAUUUCUCCCUUUGGAAGUAAGACGUCCAGGCCGGUAUUGCGUAAGGUCACAUAACAGGAAACACAAAUGUCAGUCAGUCACUAGGGGCGAUGGUGAGUGCUGCCACUUCCUCUUCCACCUCUUCAUUUUGAGACCCGGGAAUCCUGGUUGUGGCAGAAGCAGCAACAUAUGCUGGAGGUAUCGAGAGCACGUACAGCCUCCUGAAGAACCUGGUUCCAACCCUGCAAGGUAAGGCCACCCAAUCUGCACUAUCACUGGGUCUUCAAAUGGUCAUUCCACUGCUUCGUCAGGCUGCCUGCUUCAGAAUUGUGGAGAACAUGGUGAAUUCCAUAAGCAUGGGUCUCUUUCCUCACUCCUUCUGCUAUACGGUGAGUUUCCUAAUUCAAAACAAAGUUGAAUGGCCACCGUGAUGGAGAAGAAGGCAUUCUGCCAGUUCACACAUGGUAGUUUGGGCAAAGGAAUCACGUACAAAGAUGGCAAAUUUAUAUUCAGAGUAUGUGUUCCAGGAAGAAAGAACAAACACUGCCCCACUCCUGAUGGGGGAAGCCCAAAGUAAUCAACUGGCCACCAGGGGUCGGGGACUCUUACUGGUUCCCCUGUGGGCAAACUAGGCACUUAGCAGUGGGCAUAGCCAGAUCAGGCUUGGUGAGUGAAAGUACUGUAUUGCUGAGUCCAGUAUAUCCUCCAUCCCUCGAGCCCAUGGGAUGGUGGGACGUUGGCUGGGGAAAGAGGCUGGCUGGAGAAUGAAAUCAUUCUGUAAUGGGGAGGGAUCGUAGAUGACCCAUGCAUCCAACACGACAGAAUGGAUCUUCCUAUCCAUUUGAUUAUUAGAAUCCUCCUCUGCAGGAUGUCGCACUUGGUUGAGCAUUUACAUAGAACACACUGUCUUCACGUGUUUCAGACAAGUCUAUCCACAUUCGUCUUCCUCCAAGUUUUGGUCACCAAUUUUCAAAUCUUGUUCUUCUAGAAAACAUGACUAUUCAGCCAAACUAUUGAGCACAGGACAGAAAUCAGUUCUAUAAUCACACAAUCACAUGACUGGCCGUCUCUUAUUCCAAGCUCGGUGAGCACACAGGUUUACUCCUUGAAGAUCUGCCCCUGGGAGGACUUCGCUUCACCAGUGUCCGUCUCAGAGAGAAGCGAUAGUGCUGCAGCUGUCCACUUUUGGGUGGUGCCUGCAUGCCACGCAGAACCAUCUGUGAACCAGGCCUGAGUCUUGUCCUCUGUCAACUGAUCAUCAGAGCCACCCAUGAGGCCAUGGGUGAAGGUGGGGGGAGAGAAGGCACGGUAGCGGGAAUGGGGACAUUGGGCAUUUGGGUACUUUCUCAUUCAACUUUGUGCCUUCAAGGCCUGCACAGGCCAGAUCCCAGACAGACCACUUUCAUUUGAUGAUGGAGUGUGGCCAUAAUGACUAACUUUGUGGUCAUUAUGGCACCUUGUGAAAAAGUGUGUACAUGAUCAGUCUCUACUAAGGCCCAGUAGGAAGCUGAGAGCUUUUUUCUCAAAAACAGAGUAGUUACCUGUGGAGGAUGGCAGGGCUUUGCUCAAAAUUCAUAGGGGCCUGUCACUUCUACGGGCCUGCCAAGACUCCAUACCUCCAAACAGCAUCGUUAUCUGCCAUCGACACUUCAAGUUCCAUUGGAUCCACUGGAUCACAUGGCCCAAGGGCACAGCAGUUUGCAGGGUGGCCUGGAACUGACAUGGAACCUUCUCCAAUUCUGCACUCCAUUCAAAACUAGCAACUUGUUUGGGGCACUCAGCAAAUGGAUCAAAGGUAAACUGUUGCCUCCCAUACUCACUGACUCAGUAGGCUGUGCAUUCUGGGUCAUACGGGAGACCAGUCGCAAACGUUUAUCUUCUACCUUAGAAGGCAUAUCUAAAUGCGUGCCUCACACAGGCUUACAGAGGUGAGAACCCCAAGAAGAAGACCCAAGAGAGCCAGUGGUAUAGUUCUCAUCUACAUCUUAAGGCCUGAGAAGCAGGAAACUGAUAUGUACAUUGCAGUCAGAGUCUGAGUCCGAAGCAGUGGAAAACCAACGUUCCAGCUUGAAGACACUCAGGCAGAGAGGAAGAAUUUUUUCUUGCUCAGCCAUUUUGUUCGAUUCAGGUCUUCAAGGGAUUGCAUGAGGCCACCCACACUGGGCAGAGCAAUCUGCUUUAGUCAACGUGAAGCUCAUCUAGAAUCACUUUCUCAGACACACCCCCAAAUCAUGUAUUACCCAAUAUCUGGGCACCCAGUGGCCCAGUCAAGUUGACACAGGUAAUAAAACAUCACAAUGACCAUCUUCAGGGCUCCUGAGAAACCUCGAUAAUGAAGAGACUUAAAAGAGUUUCAUCACAGAUGUUAAAACUAGACUCAAGUGGUAUCCUUUCACAGCUUAAAAUCUUGCCAUGGGCCCCCUCCCUAAUGGUGUGAAUAGCAGAGUUCUUGUCAUAGUCCCCAAAACUCCAGACUCAUACUCCAUGUACCCUAUGGACCUAUCUUCUACUUCUUCCUUCUUUACUCAUUCUUUUUGACUUUUCUUCACAGGUCCCUUGCAUGAUGAAACAGGGAGAGGGCGGGCAGGUGUUAGGAGCUGGGGUUCCCCCAGUUUAUUUGAAACCAGGUUCUCUAUCCUCCAGCACAGACUCGUCAGUGAUGAGGCCAGUCUCAUUACCGUUGCUCCCAGGGAGGAUGGGGCAUGAAUAGGCAAACAUCCUCCCAAAGUGUGUCUGGGGGUAUAAUGAAGGACAAAGUGGCCCCCACUCCAACCAUUUGAGGAUUGCGGAUGCUAUGGGACAUCUUGUUUGCCCACAGUUUGAGGGAAUAAACCCACAAUGCUCUCAACAGUGAAAGGGGCUAGGGAAACGGCAGGCCAGUAGUGGGCUGGGAAGACAAGACUGCUACAGACAAUGUGUGAGAGAUGUGUCAGAUGCAGGCUUAUGUCACCUGCAAGUAGGUGUCUCUGGGUCAUCUGUUGAUAUCACAGGAAGAUAUGUUUGUGACAGUUAUUCUUAAGUUGUUAACUUCUUUUCACUUUUUAUUACAAAAUUAUUAUUAAAGUUUUCAAAACUUCAGAAAA